AUGGCCGUGUGCGGAAUCAAGCGAAAUUUCCAAGACUUGUCUCCCUCUCCUCUGGAUUGCAAGAGGGUUCGCUACUCAUAUUCUACUUCGCCAAUUAACACGCAAAUCCCUCACAACAAUUCAAACCCAGCUGAAAUUGAUGUAUCGGAACCGAAGAACGGCGCAGAAUGGAGCGAUUGUCUUAUCAAGAAACUCAUGGCCUCGAAGAGCGUGGAUGAUGCCAUGGUUUGUGCAACGGGAGUGCUGGAGGAUUUCGAAAGAAGCGUUUGCGCGCGUGUUGAAGCACAUCUGAAGGAGGAAAUCGUGCUGUUGAAGGAGCAAGCUGAACGGCUAGCAGAGGAAAACACGAUUCUCAAACGUGGCGUGGUCAUCCAGCAUGAACGGCAGAAAGAGUACGAGAACAAGGACGGAGAGUUGCAGCAUGUGAAGAAUCUGGUGGUGCCUCAGCUCAGGGAGAAGUUGAGAACAAUGGAGAUCAACAAUUAUGCAUUGUCAAUGCAUUUGAAGCAGGCCCUACAUAACUCUCCCUUUCCUGGGGACUUCCAUCCUUACGUCUUCUGA